CCCUUAACCACGCGACCCAGUCUAGACUCUCUCCCCUCGCUGUCAGUAUGGCAGCUCACGCUGGUCCUCCUGGUCCUUCGAAUUAUUAUCAUUACCCUUACGGUAAUGUGGCUACUGGGCCAUUUCCUGGUCAAUAUCAGCGAUAUCAGGCUGCAGUACCAAUGAAUGGACACAUUCACCGACCAAUAUUUCAUCCUCACUACAAUUAUCAUCAUCCUCAUCAGCCUGCUCAUUAUGUUCCGAGGUCUAGUUACUGGCAACAACAUGGCCAGCAGCCGCUUUCUCCCUUACCAAAACAACUGUCAACUCUUCCUUCUCUUCAAUCCAGCGGCGAUCAGAUCGGAAAUCAAAAUAUAGAACCCGAGGAGACGCCUAAUCCAACAACUUCGCCUCCUUCUUCACCCAUGCCUAGCACAGAUCCAAAACUAGGUGGUUGGGUCAUUUGGUCAAAACGUCCCACAGAUCCAUCUACCGCUCCUGGUAUCAUCAUAUCACCUCUAGCUCAUCCUCCUCGCGAUGUCAUUCAAUAUGCACUCGAUAUUCCAACCCCCCCUCCAUCUCCUACACCCGUCAUUAUAGAUCUAUCAGCGCCAACCGUGCCUUCUGAUCUCCCAGACAGUACAGAAUCAAAUACGACUCCUCCGCUUUCCACAGCAUUUGAUACACCUGUGCCCGGCUCACCGGAUUCUACUAAUACUUCACUUUCUCUUGCAAAGGCUCCCGAACAACCUGAAGAGAAGCCUUGGGAGGAGGCCACGUCAUCCAACGCCGAACUAGAGCCUGAGCUAUCAUCCACUGAUCACGUAGAGGCGCCUAAGCUAUCCGAAUCUGAUACAGAACCUUUUACGUCUGCCGCUGCGCCUCCCUUAUCUGAUGCAGAGCCUUCUGCGGCUAACCCAUCCGAUGUAGAUUCUUCUACCUCCACCCCAUCUGCAGAAGCCUCCACGUCAGCCCCCAAACCCGCGCCCGCGCCAGCCCCAAAGCCCGCCGUAUCAUGGGCCUCUCUCCUCCGCAAACCCGGCCCCUCCAACCUCCCCGCAUCCUCUGUCGUAGGCUUCUCCAUCCCUGCCUCUCCCCCUCCCCCAAACCCCACCUCCCAAAAGACACCAUUCCACCCCAAAAAGUCCGAGCUUCUGACCCUGCUCAACUCCGGUGGAUCAUCCGCAGCUCCCAUGCGUAUCAGGCCACGCGGCCUCGUCAACUCUGGUAACUUGUGCUUCGCUAACGCGGUGCUUCAGGUCCUUGUGUACUGUCCUCCAUUCUGGCGCUUCUUUGCGGAUCUCGGGCGCUUACUUGAGCCUACGGAGGAGUCCAAGACCCCGUUGGUCGAUGCUACCAUUCGGUUUGUAAGGGAGUUUAUGCCAAAAGAGAGGGUGCCUGUGGAGGGCAAGGGCAAGGGUGUAGAGCGCUAUGGAUCAAAUGGUCUUGUGCAUGAGGAAGUGGAUGAAGAUAUUAUGGAUUCGUUUAUGCCGACUUAUGUUCAUGACGCUUUGAAGGAGAAGAAGAGGUUCGAUCAUAUGCGCGGCGGACAUCAAGAAGAUGCAGAAGAGUUCCUUGGAUUCUACCUCGACACGCUCGAAGAAGAGCUCCUGACGCUCUCCUCGUCACUCGCUAACCCCAACCCAGUUCCAGCUCAGCAGAACCACAACGCUGCAGUGAACAACACGCAAGAAGAGGGCUGGCUCGAGGUGGGCAAGCGUAACCGCACCGUCCUCACGCGCUCUACAAAAACAGCUGACUCCCCCAUGACCCGUAUAUUCGGCGGCAAAUUCCGCUCCAUCCUCCGCGUACCACACCAAAAAGACUCUGCCGUUGUUGAAGACUGGCGUAGUCUACGGUUAGACAUCCAACGCGACACAAUCCACACAAUCAAAGACGCCCUAACGCACAUCUCCACCCCCCAGUCCGUACAAGUCACAUCUGUAACCCGCCCAGGUGCCACCCUCGAUGCAACUCAACAAGUAUACAUCGAAUCCCUCCCUCUGAUCCUCAUCCUCCACCUCAAGCGGUUCUUAUACGAUGCUAAUAAAGGGGGUGUUGCAAAGAUUGGGAAACAGGUCGCGUUUGCGCCUGAGCUGGAGGUCGGGAGUGAGGUGAUGGCACCUGGGAGGAAGGUGAAUGGGACGAGGUAUCGGUUGUUUGGAGCGCUCUAUCAUCACGGCCUCUCAGCCUCGGGCGGACACUACACCCUUGACGUCCUCCACCCCAACGUCGACAUGUCAACUCCACCCACAAAACCGCGCGAGGGGUGGAUACGCAUCGACGAUGAGCUGGUUUCGGAUUUGAGAGCUGAUGAUGUGUUUGGGAGUGGGGGCGCAGAGAAGGAUGAGACGAUGAGGUGUGCGUAUUUGUUGUUCUAUAGGAGGGUUGGGGCGGGGAGGGUUUAAGGUCUUAGUCUAGUGGGGGUAGGUGGUAUGUAGCGACGGCGUUAGAUUUUGAUCCUUUGAAUGUGAUGGGUUUCUUGUUUGGAUACUUUUUUUGGCAUUGAAUGAGUAUAUAUGCGCAUGCAUUAUGU